AUGUCGAUGGCCGGCAUUGACCCGGCGCAGCCAAUCACGUGGCCCAUAAAUCUGGGCAACGGCGCCAUGGGACAGCCUCUCCUCCCACUUCCAUUGGGUUCGAACUUCGUGUCAUCUGUAGCGAAACAGCCCUCUGCCCAACCCGACGCCGCCUUUUCUAUGUUCUCACCUUCGACAGACGCUGUCGCUCUCGGCGGCGGAUCAUCAACAACCGACGUCGACUGGAAACACUCUACGCCGGAGAAGGUCGUACAUCCUGUCCCCGUCGAGGAAGGGCAGGUUUCGCAGAACGCGCUCGCGGUUGGAUCAGGCCAGACUGUCAACCCCACCGUCGACGGCUGUCCCUGCGGGAAACCUUUGGUCGGGCCCAGGAUCAGAUGCUUGCCGGGUGUCCUGUUAACCGAGAUCCAGCGUCAUCAAGAAUGUGCGAAGGUACGGAAGGACGAGAACUGCAGGUACUUUUGUGAUGUCUGCGUCGGCGUCUUCCGUGACCAACACUCCGUAACACAUCUGCAGAACCCGCUUCCCCCACUUUUUAUCACUGGCGAAGAUGAUGGCACGCAGGGCAUGCGCGUGGACGGUGUAGUUGCCUCAAAUCCGCCGCCUCACCAGCAGUCCGCCUUCUUGCCUGGCCAACGAGUUCCAGGAUCUUCGCCAUCAAGAGUGUCGAACGUCAAUGAGGCAUCGGCGCGAAGAGCAGCGACUCUCCGGCAAGGCUCGCCGUACGCACGACGAACCUCUCCACUUGAAGCGGAACAAUCCACCCAGACGUCGGGUAGCACGUCGUCGAACAAUUCCGUCGUCGAAGAUAGCAACGAACAACCCCGUCCGCAUGGUCUUGCGGUGACUGGCUCCGAUCGCGAGAUGAUGAUCUCGAAACCUUCCGACGCGUCACAUCCGAUCACCUUACAGGUUGUCAUGAGAAAGGUGUUGGUGUGCGCUUCGUGCAAUCAUCGUGCUGUCGAGUUGGCGGACGUCGUCGACCAUGUGGGCAAGAAGCACGAGAAGCAGGCGACCUUUUAUGAAGCCAUGGAGGUUCAGAAAUGCCUUCCUCGUUACGAUAUGUAG